AUGUCUACCAAGGCUAUUCACAUCGAAUUAGUCUCCGAUUUAAGCACACCGGCGUUUCUUAAUGCGCUCAAACGCUUCAUUGCUUGUCGCGGCUUGUGUAUAAACAUAUACUCGGAUAACGGCACCAAUUUCAAGGGGGCUCAGAAUGAGUUGCACGCGUUCUAUGAACUCCUUACAUCAGCGUCACAUCAAGAAGCCGUCGAACAACAUUGCUCAGGACGUGCAAUUCAGUGGCAUUUCAUACCACCUUAUUCACCACACUUGGGUGGUAUCUGGGAGGCCGGCAUAAAAUCGGUAAAAACGCAUCUCAAGAAAAUACUCAGUGAAGCUCUAUUAAGUUUUGAAGAAAUGUAUACGGUUCUCACGCAGAUUGAAGCGGUCUUGAACUCACAACCAUUAACUCCAAUAUCAAGUGACCCUACAGAUCUCAGAGCGUUGACUCCGGGUCAUUUUUUGAUCGGAGAAGCACUAAACGCGAUUUCUCAGCGUUUCAUCGAUAUUCCUUCUAAUCGACUUACUCGAUUCCAAUACCUGACGAAACUGGUCCAAUCAUUCUGGUCACGUUGGUCUAAGGAGUACUUGUCGACUCUUCAACAACGAUUCAAAUGGAAUCGCGAGGAUCUGGUAUCUCUAGUCAAGAUUGGAACAUUGGUGAUUUUACGGGACGACCAAACUCCUUCGAUGCAAUAG